CCGGACAAAGACAAACUAAACACUUUCCUCGCAAUAUGCACAGACUCGGGAUAUGGUCCAAUGACUCUUGUCGCUCUUCCAACCUCUUCCCGGAAACCCCACUACACUUAUUUCUCGAAUGUCAUGGCGAAAGUCAUAGCGAGAAGAAGGAGACGACUUUUCGGUCUGGAAUGACCAGAAGAAAGGCACAUACACUCAGCCCAACACAGCUCCAUGCUAGGUUUGUGGUUUGGAUGCGGUAUUGUGAUCAGUAUAAAACACAAAAGAUCUAAAUGUAAGGUUAAGGAUCUAUCUAAACAAUUUAUGCUUUUACCAAAGGAGAUAUCGAAAAAAAUAUUUAUAAUUAAUUAGGAAGAGGGGAUCUAACUCUCAUCAUCAGUAAAUUAAAUCUUUCAGCUACAACCUGUGUGUUGGCUGGGCGACGAAAUGCCGGAACCAUUCUCUGUGAGUCUGCCGUUUUCGCUUGAUUAAUAAUUGCCAACCUACAGUCGUUAUGUGACUUACAAACAAAUAGCCUGUGCGUAAUAAACUGCUUCGAAUAAGAUCUGCCACGCUGACGUGCAUAUUUAAGCACUGGUGAAGCAGGCAAGUCCACUUUCUUCAAACAAAUGCACAUCAAUUACGGGGAUGGUUUCUCUGAUGAAGCGAAGCACGAGUAUAAGCGGGUCAUACACCAAAAUAUUUUCACAGCCAUGCAGUCCAUGCUUCAUGCGAUGGAUGUACUGAGAAUCCCAUUCGAUAAAUCAGAGCAUGCGAUUCUGGCAAAAACCCUGCUGGCUACCAAUAUCGAAACUGUAACCACUUUGGAGGCGUCAGCAGUUCUAACCAUAAAGUGUCUGUGGGGCGAUGCUGGUGUGCAAAAGUGCUAUGAUCAGCGCAGGAAAUAUCAGCUCAUCGAUUCUGCUAAAUAUUUUCUUAACAAGCUGGAUUGUGUAGCCCAUCCAGAUUACAUACCCAAUAACGAUGAUAUAUUGCACUCGCGUUUGGUAACUACUGGAAUAGUGGAGCACGUUUUCGAUACCCAACGGAACAAACCAAAACGUAAUAGUGUCAAACGACCAUUACUUCGGGUAAUAGAUGUUGGCGGCCAACGAACAGAACGGCAAAAAUGGCUACAGUGUUUCAAUGAUGUGACGGCUAUCAUUUUCCUUACGUCACUUUCCGAAUACGAUCAGACAUUGUAUGAGGCGCCAGGUUUGAAACGUAUGGACGAGUCCAGAGAUCUGUUUCGUUUCAUCGUAGCGUCGACAUAUUUUAAGGAAUCGUCUAUAAUUUUAUUCCUAAAUAAACAAGAUAUAUUGGAAGAAAAGAUAAUGUCAUCCCAUUUGGUAGACUACUAUCCAGAUUUUAACGGUCCCAAGCGAAACGCUGUCGCCGCCAAGGCUUUCAUCGGUAAAAUGUUUGAAGCGACACUUCAAGACAAAGAUAAGCAAUUGUAUAUGCACUACACGUGUGCAACUGAUACCAAAAACUUUCGUGUUGUAUUUCUAGUGGUACAGGAUACAAUAAUGCGCAGUUAUCUUAAUUCCUUGGGCAUCGAUUAAACUACGUU